CUCUCUCUAAAUUAUUCCCCUCUCCAGCGACAAAACUCGGAUAUUAUAAAGCCCAGGCGUGGCGAUUCUUCUCCCCCUUCUUUUUGUCUUCUACGAGCCCUAAAGAUAGAGGGAGACGGCUAUCUCUUCUGUUCUCCAUUCCUCGAUUCGAUCCUCGGAGAUCGCCUCUCUCCGGCGCCGGUCUCCGAUCCUUAUAAAAAUUCCGGUUUAUCGCGCUUCAAGAUGGUGUCAGCGAAUCGGGAAAUGGUGGUGUACUGCUUCGACACGCUCGUCGCCCACUACAACAGCGAGCAGGCGCCUCCACCGGCUUUCGAAGAAGGGCAGCACCCAUUGUUUGUUACUUGGAAGAAAGCUGUCAAUGGUGGGGAGCCGCGUCUGCGUGGAUGUAUUGGAACUUUAGAAGCCCGUUGCUUGAUCAAUGGUUUCAGGGAUUAUGCAUUAACUAGUGCUCUGAGGGACCGGCGCUUUCCACCUAUACAAGCUAAAGAAUUGCCAUAUUUGGAAUGCACAGUAUCUAUACUGACUGAUUACGAAUCUGCUCUCCAUUACCUUGAUUGGGAGAUUGGAAAGCAUGGUUUAAUUAUUGAAUUUACUGACCCUGAUUACAACACAAGGUGUAGCGCGACAUACUUGCCUGAGGUUGCUUCACAUGAAGGUUGGACGAAGACAGAAACCAUUGACUCACUGAUGAGGAAGGCUGGUUAUAAUGGAGUCAUAACCGAGUCACUUCGCAGGCGACUCCAUGUCACGCGCUAUCAGAGCACCCUGUACACCAUGCACUACAGCGACUACGCCACCCAUGUCAAGAUGACCAGAGGAACUGCCCCUAUAAUUAAUGGGGCUAGAUUUACCUUCUGAUUUAUUCAGAGCAGCUUCAUUGUUAAAGCUGCAUAGGUACAUUUAGACUUAUUUAAGGGCUGUUGGGUGAGAAUUUGCUUUGAAUUCCAUCCCUGCUCAUUCAUCUGCUCUCAUUUUUUUCGUCAAAACUCAUUAAAGAAAAAAAAAAGGGAAGCCAACAGGUUAGCCAAUAAUUAUGACAUUGUUGAACGGCUAAGCUGUAUCAUGUACUAUUUAUCUGUACGACCUAAAGAUUGUGGAUUCGGUUAAAUUUGAUAUGCAUUCCGUUA